CAAAGAAAUAAUGCAAAUUCUAUGUGAUGCGUCAAAGAACCAAUAAGACAACACUGCUCGCUAAACCAGUCAAUCACAUUGUCCUGUGGGCGUUUACUCGACGAGAUUAGGCGGGAAGCGUCAAUGGAUUGACCAAUCAGGUCGUGCAGUGGGCGUUACUGCUCCCAAAACCACGCCCUCUCGCUGAAAACUCGUUCUGAGGUUGUUUUCCCGAUUUGAGCCAAUUAGCACGCUAGCAUGUUCCUGGAGCUCUGGCGCCUUGCAUGGAGGCUUAUUAGAUUUGCCCUCAUUAACACGUCCAUCUGAUUUUUACAGUACUGAAGCUUUGAAUUAUUUAUUUUUCUUAAUAUUUUUUCCGAAUAAAUCUGACCCGAACUUAACGAGGACACUUUGUUGUCUGCGGUCGGAGAUUCCACUGAGUUGUGGAGUAUGAGGACACAAUGAAGCGGCGCUCGGACGAUCAGGAAACAGCGUUUGGGUCUCAGCGGCGGCUUCCCGGAGGCGCGGAAAGCUUUCAUCACCGUGUUGUUGCCGCUGCAUCUUCCGUAUACGGGGCUGCCUCAGAAAACAUGCAGCCUGCUGCUGGUGUGCAGUACUCUCAGGUCCCUCAGACUUUUCAGGUGCCCUUGGCUCAGAGCUCUGGAGGACAUGGACACAGCGACAGUCCUGCAGUGCAUGCUGGCGCACAUCAUCACGGCCCUGUGGUCCAGCCUACAGGAGCCGCCGUGGGUCAGGGUCACUCUCAUGCCCCGCCUGCUUCUGCUCCAACACCAGGCCAGCAGCAGUUCCAGAGGCUUAAGGUGGAAGACGCUCUUUCCUACCUUGAUCAAGUGAAGCUCCAAUUCGGGAAUCAGCCACAAGUUUAUAACGACUUCCUGGAUAUAAUGAAAGAGUUCAAAUCUCAAAGCAUCGAUACACCAGGCGUGAUUAACAGAGUGUCGCAGCUGUUUAAGGGCCAUCCAGACCUCAUCAUGGGCUUCAAUACCUUCCUGCCCCCUGGCUACAAGAUAGAAGUGCAGACUAACAACAUGGUGAAUGUAACGACCCCAGGCCAGAUCCAUCACAUCACGCCGCAUGGCGUUUCAGUGCAGAACAUCCCCAUAACGCAGCAGGCUCAGCACCAGAGCCAGACUUCAGCCCCCACAAGCACCACUGCUCUCCCCAUGCCCAGCCAGCCCACACCUGCCAAGAUCAGCAAGCCCAUGCAGUCUCCUGCUCUGACCCCAACCAGCCAGCACAAUCCGUCCAUCCCAUCCUACGCCUCGCCCCGCUCCCCCUCGGUCCAGUCUCACACGCCGGUGAGCAGCACACCUGCCAGCGCUCCUCCGCUGCAGAACAACCAGCCUGUGGAGUUCAAUCACGCCAUCAACUAUGUCAACAAGAUCAAAAACCGCUUUCAAGGCCAACCAGAUAUCUACAAAGCAUUUCUGGAGAUUCUGCACACGUACCAGAAAGAGCAGCGGAAUGCAAAGGAAGCAGGUGGGAACUACACUCCGGCUCUUACUGAGCAGGAAGUGUAUGCUCAAGUAGCCAGGCUUUUCAAGAACCAGGAGGAUCUGUUAUCAGAGUUCGGACAGUUCCUGCCAGAUGCCAACAGUUCUGUGCUAUUGGGCAAAACGAGCACAGAUAAGCCAGAGUCUGUGCGCAUGGAUCCCAGCGGUGUUUUGAAGAGGCCACAGCUCAACAACAACAAGCAGAGAUUCAACCAGAAUGGCUGCCAGAUUCGCAGACACUCUGGGCCUGGUGCUACUCCCCCUUUAAAGAAGAAGCCAAAGUUUAUGGGGAAAGAACACCCAGUGGCUGAAGGCAGCAAAUUUGGAAUCGGCACUGAAUCUUUGUUUUUUGAAAAGGUGAGGAAAGCACUAAGAAGCACAGAGGCCUAUGACAAUUUCCUGCGUUGUUUAGUGAUCUUCAAUCAAGAGGUGAUCUCGAGAGCAGAACUAGUGCAGCUGGUGCUACCUUUCUUAGGGAAAUUCCCAGAGCUGUUUACUUGGUUCAAGAAUUUUCUGGGCUACAAAGAGUGUGCCCAAAUGGAGAGCUUUCCCAAAGAGCGUGCUACGGAGGGCAUUGCUAUGGAGAUUGAUUAUUCUUCCUGCAAGAGACUGGGUUUCAGUUACAGAGCUCUGCCUAAGAGCUUCCAGCAGCCCAAAUGCACAGGAAGAUCUCCACUCUGUAAAGAGGUUCUGAAUGACACGUGGGUGUCUUUCCCGUCUUGGUCUGAGGACUCCACUUUUGUCAGCUCCAAAAAGACACAGUACGAAGAGCACAUAUACAGAUGUGAGGACGAGCGCUUUGAGCUCGAUGUGGUGAUAGAGACAAACCUGGCCACUAUCCGUGUUUUGGAGACCGUUCAGAAGAAACUCUCGCGGAUGUCAGCAGAAGAACAGGCCAAAUUCAGGUUGGACAACACCAUGGGAGGCUCCUCGGAGGUCAUUCACCGCAAAGCCAUUCAGAGGAUAUAUGGGGACAAAGCUGCAGACAUCAUUGAUGGUCUCAAGAGAAACCCUGCAGUCUCUGUACCGAUUGUUCUGAAAAGACUCAAAAUGAAAGAUGAAGAGUGGCGCGAGGCUCAAAGAGGCUUUAACAAGAUCUGGAGGGAACAGAAUGAGAAGUAUUACCUCAAGUCAUUGGACCACCAGGGUAUUAACUUCAAACAGAACGACACGAAAGUGUUCCGCUCCAAGACAUUGCUCAACGAGAUCGAGACUCAGUAUGAUGAGCGGCAGGAGGCAUCAGAUGACAACGGCUCCUCUCCAUCGGGCCCUCACAUGACUCUGCCUUAUGAAGAUGGUCAGAUCCUGGAAGACGCAGCUGCCCUCAUCAUCCACCACGUCAAGAGGCAGUCCGGCAUCCACAAGGACGACAAGUAUAAGAUCAAGCAGGUCAUCUACCACUUCAUCCCUGACAUGCUAUUCGCCCGGCGCGGCGAGCUGUCUGACGUGGAGGAGGAGGAGGAAGAAGAGGAGCCCGAUCCUGAUGAAGAUGGAGCAAAGAAGCCUAACGGUACAACUCAGCCCAAAUCCAAGCUGCUGUUCAGCCACACGACGCCGGCGCAGCAGAAGCUGAGCACUUGCGACGAGGCCUACAACCUCUUCUACGUCAACAACAACUGGUACGUCUUCCUGCGGCUGCACCACAUGCUGUGCUCCAGGCUGCUGCGCAUCUACAACCAGGCUGAGAAACAGAUCGAGGAGGAGACCAGGGAGAGGGAGUGGGAGCGCAAUGUGCUAGGGCUCAAGAGAGAGAAGAAUGACAGUCCAGCUGUCCAGCUGCGCCUGAGGGAGCCCCUGGAUAUUGACGUCGAGGACUACUACUCCGCCUUUCUGGAGAUGGUGCGCAACCUUCUGGAUGGCAAUAUGGAGACCUCUCAGUAUGAGGACCAGCUGAGGGAGAUGUUCACCAUCCACGCCUACAUCGCCUUCACCAUGGACAAGCUCAUACAGAGCAUCGUCAGGCAGCUCCAGCACAUAGUGAGUGACGAGAUCUGUGUUCAGGUGACAGAUCUUUACCUCACUGAAUGUUCCAAUAAAGCAACAGGUGGCACCACAUCCACUCAGUCAUCCAGGACCAGCGCUGAGGCGAGCUACCAGCGGAAAGCCGAACAGCUAAUGGCAGAGGAGAAUUGCUUCAAGCUACUGUUCCAGAAGAGCAAGGGGAGUGUACAGCUGGCUGUAGAGCUGCUGGACACGGAGGAGGAGAACUCUGAUGAGCCCAUGGAGUUUGAGCGUUGGCAGGAUUACGUCGAGAGUUACGUGAACGCGGACUCGGCGUCCCCGGAGCUGAGGGAGCAGCUCUCCCAGAAGCCUGUGUUUCUGCCCAGAAACCUCAGGCGGGUCAGGAAGUGCCAACGAGGGCAGCACGUCCAGAUGAGAGAAGCGAGCGAAGCAGCUAAGAAAACCGCCGAUGGUGCAGAGGACCCCAAAAUGGAAUGCAUGUUUAAGCUCAACUCGUACAAGAUGGUGUACGUUAUUAAGUCAGAGGAUUACAUGUACAGGCGCACAGCGCUCUCGAGAGCCCAUCAGUCCCACCAGCAAGUCAGCACACGUCUGCACCAGCGAUUCCAGACCUGGCUAGACGCAUGGACGAAAGAUCACGUGGCCAAUGAGCUGGCCACCGACAAUCACAAGUGGCUGAUGGGAGAAAGCCAGGAGGGGCUGCGGGCCUGUAAAACGAGCUGUGAACCUUGUAUCCUUCACUUCCAGAGCAUCAACAGAUACCGGGUCACCUACAGCACCACUCCAUAACACCCCUCUCUCUGUCCUUGUGUCAUUUCAGAGAGCUGGUGCUGGUUUAAUAUUCUUUUUCUUUUUUUUUUUAUUUUACUUUUUAAGAAGAAAGAAAGUUGACUGGAGCAGCACUGAAAUUGAAUGCUGGUUGCCAUGGAGCUCUUUUCAGACUCCUGAAUCUUGUCCAUUUUUAACUUUUUAAAACUUUUAGAUGGGAACUUCUUGGCACAUCUUCAUGAUCUUUCAGUCACCAUGGAGAAAAAGUGGCAAAGUCCUGUUCCCCCCCGCCUUUCUUUUUUUAAUUUUUUAAUUUUUUUUUUUUUUUUGGAGUAAUUCCAGACGGUAUUCAAAGUCUGAGGCCACUCAUAAAGAUGUACGAUUAAUAUCACAGGUCAAUGUGUACCGUUUUUCAUUUCUAAUAUUGUCUUGUGAAGUUAAGAUGUAGAUUUUUAGCAAUAUGCCCCCUUUUUGUUUGGAGUUUUUUUUUUUUUUUUUCUUGGUUCGGUGUUAACCAUGCCCUCACAAACACUAUUGCGAAUUGCAGCCAGACUCGAUUUGUGGAAUAAAUAGGAUACCGAAUGCACUGAUGGUGAACAAAGCUCUAUCUUUGUAUGAGAUCAUGCAGCGUGGUCUGACCUGACGACGUGAAUUUGUACAAGUCCAUGUAAUCGGUCUGUGCACUUAAAUAUUUAUACACCCCCGAGGAUAAUCAUGCAUUAACGGUUGUCUAAGAUACCAGCUUCAAAAUAUGACAGCAGCCACAGAAUAUCUGAUAUUGUAAAUACCUUGUAUAUACGCCAGACUGUUUAUAUUCAAAUGAACAUUAUAAUGUAGUUCACCUUUUAGACUUUAUUAUCUUAGCAGAUGUGACUGAUGCUGGUCUGUAUAUUAUAAACAAUGACCUUUUUACCAAAGGAAGUUAUCGUUAAUGUUAUUUUUUAAUUUCUAUUAUUCUUUUUUUCUUUUCUUUUUAUUUUUUUUUUUUUAAAUCUGCCUCAUCAUCCUUUUGUGGUCGUGACUUGUCUGGACUUUUAAAGAAUGUUCUGUAUGUAGAAUUUAUUUUUUUUUCUGAUUCAUUUGAAGGAUUUUUACUCCACCGUAUAUGGAAAUUUGUGAUACUGCCCGUGCUAAUAUAAUACUUAGUAGAAAUUAGAAUCUAUUCACAGUUCUUGUCCUGUUUUGCCUCCCUCUUCUAGUCCAAAUAUGAAAAGUUGUGAAAGUUUCAUUUUGUCGCACUUUUCUUGUGCACCAUGCGGUGAUGACUGCUGAGACUAAUGUAAAAGCAAAUUAGAAAAGAAGAAAACACAGUGAUGGCAUGUUUCUAUGUUCUCAUGUACAGACUUUUGUAUUAUUCAUUAUUGUUUUAAAGAUUGAAAUAAAAAGUUGUAGUUAACAGUAAAAUUCACAGGGGAAAAAAAAUUCCCGUCUCCUGUCAUUAAUUAUAUUCCGUAUGAUUUUAUAGUACAUUUAUAGUAAAUGAGAAAUCUGUGAUCCUUAACACAUUCCGUCACCAAUUUCUCACUAUAGUGGCUUUGGGUUGUAAAGCUGCUAUUAAAGGGUGCGGUAUUCCUCUUAUAGAUGAGCAAGUCUUGUCUUAUAAUUGCUACCAAGCUGCAUUUAUCUGAGCUCUCAAUUUUAACUAUGAAAUAAUUUCCUGUAAAAACUUAGAAUUUACUUGCUGUAAUUGUGUAUAAACAACAGCAGAGGGAGUAUUUGGACAAUUUUAUCAGGUAGAGUAACAGGUAUGUUCAAUGUUAUUCUGUACCUUUUCAGUGCACAUUAUUUCAUCUAUAUUUUAAGGCACAUACACAGGAGAAGAAGAAGAAAACAACAUUGUCAUUGUGAAGUCUGAGCUUGUCCUUCAUUGACAUUCUCAAUCAUCUAAAGAGUUUAUUGUAGGCUGAUCGGCAUUUCCAAUUGUUUGUAAUAUGUAAAUGUGUGCGAUUGUGCCCAGCGAUGGGUUGGCACGCUGUCCAGGGUGUCCCGCACCUUGUGUGCCAAGUUCCCUGGGUUAAGCUCCAGGAUCCUGUAGGAUAAGCAGUAUUGAAAAUAGAUGGAUAUCACACUAAUACACAAGUAUGCUAUUGAAUGUACACUUUUCAACCACAGUUUCCAAUUCUAUUUAUUGUCUUCCCUGUAGCUCUAAAUCUAGACAGUUCUUAUUGAAACAGCUGUUUGAGUAGACCUUGUGACAGAAGCUCCUGCGUCCGUGCCCCAGAAUUAAAAGCUGUUUUCCUCCAGCCAUCUUGAUCCAACAUUGAGGUCAACUAGGCCUGCACAGCAUUUUUUAUACACACCAUGGAGCGUAGUUUAAUUAUGACUGCUUAACUGUAUCAUGCAGUACACUGGUCUGCAUCUUGGUUUAUCUGCUCUUUUAUAGAUGUUUUUCCUUUAAUUUGUCAGUGGGAAAAAAAAGGUAGAUAUGGCUUCAUAUGUUGGUCCUUUAAUUUUUAUUGUGCCACAGCACUGUUGAAUUCUCAAAUACAGUUAUGUGAAAAAAUAAGUACACCCCAUGGGAAUGGUUGUUUUUUUUUUUGUUGUUUUUUUUUUUUUUACAUAUUUGGAUGAGCAAACAUUUGAUCCUCUUUGAAAUGGUGCCUAUUAAUAUAGUUGAUAUACAUGAACAAAACCACAAGGAAAAUUAAUUGUUUCAAUCAUUUAUUCAACAGAAAUAUCAGUAGAUGUGAUAUUCUUCUGUAAGAAUAGUAAGUACACCCUUGGCAUCAGAAGCUAGUAUUGCCCCCUUUAGCAGAAAUAAUUCUUGAAGGUGUUUUGCAUAAUUGACCACUCUUCCAUGCAAUAUUCUUUCAGUUGCAUGAUGUUUGAGGGUUUUCCUGCAUGUACUGCCCAUUUCAAAUCCUCCCAUAACAUUUCAGUGGGAUUCAAAUCUGGGUUUUGACUAGGCCAUUCCAUAACCCCCCAUUUCUUGUUUAUGACCCAUUCCUUGCUGGAUUUGUUAGUGUGCUUAGGAUCAUUAUCCUGUUGAAAGGUCCACUUUUGGUUCAGCUUCAACUUUCAGACAGAUGGCCUCACAAUAUCUUCAAGCACUCUUUGAUAUGAUGCAGAAUUCAUAGUUGAAUCAAUGAAUGCAAGCUGUCCGGUCCCAGAGGCAGCGAAGCAACCCCAAACCAUAACAUUUCCACCACCAUGCUUCACAGUUGGUAUGAGGUACUUCUCCUGAAAAGCUGUCUUUGGUCUGCACCAAACAUGCCUACUGUUACUGUGGCCAAACAACUCUAUCUUUGAUUCGUCUGUCCAGAGCACAUAAUUCCAAAAGGCCUUGUCUUUGCCUUUAUGCUCAUUAGCAAACUGUAGUCUUGCAAAGGCAUUUUCCUGGCACGCCUCACAUGCAGGUCAAAUUUGUGCAAUCUCUUUCUGACUGUAGAAGCAUGUACUUUGACACCAAUAGUUGCAAGACUUACUAGCAGAUCCUGUGAUGAAAUGUUGGGGGUCUUGGAGAUUUCUUUUUGCAUCAGACAGUCUGCUCUCGGGCUGAAUUUUCUGGGACAGCUUAUUUUUGAACAUGACUGUAUGAUGAAGAAGGUCAGAAGUUGUUGGUUAAUUAUCUAAAUCAGCAGCUCUGACAACAUUGCUGGCUGUAAAUAAAAUCUCAGGUUUAUAUUAAUGUGCUUGUUCUAAUACCUUAUCAUCUCUUGAUUGGGACUUGUAUGUUUCAUAUAUAUUUCUAAGGCAUAAUAAUAAAUAUAGUUAUUAAACCUCUAUGGAAGGAGUCUCCUGUGUCAGUGCUUUUCGCCAUGGGGAAGUCUUCAGGGAAGAGGAACCCGUGUUUUUUUUCUGGGUUCUUGAUAACAUGACAAGCUAUUUUUUAUUCACUAACUUAAAAAAAGAUCAAAGAGAGGCUGAUGAGGGAAUGACUUUACAUCUCACAACAUUAAAUGAUGCAUGAUGUGUCAUUCAUUAAUAUAUUAAAAUCGCAGUUGUUUGCAAAUUACUGUGCUGUUAGAAGAACAAAACACUGGAAUAAUGCUAAUAUUAGAAAAUAAUCUACUUCAGGGUGGUAACAGUAAUCCCACCAUUUUGUUGUUGAUUGCUUUCCUAUAGCACAUGCCACAUCAUAUGUUAUUCCUUACUUGAAGAAGUUAAGUUAUCUUCUGGUUAAUCAGAUCGGCCUUAGGGUAUAACCAGUAAAUUUAGUUAUAACACUAUAGAGCUUUUCACACUGCACUUAACCCCGGGUUAUUGUCUCUCUAAAACAUGCUUUUAACCCCGGGUAAAGGAACGUUCCACACUUGUAAUUUAGAAGUAGGGUUAGCACCACUUAUUACCUGGGGUUAUGAAACCCUGCUCUGAAGCACGGUUAGCACCGCUUUUGCCAUGUUAACCCCAGGUAUGCCAAAAGUGUACAGUGUGAAACAAUGCAGUAUUAGAAUGUUACGGAAGAGCGCGUGCCUCAUAUCAUGUGCUUUGUACAGUCACAGAAACCCCGCUUGUUGUGUAAACAAUACUUGCAGCAUUGGAGGGGGAAAAAAUAAUAAUAAAUGUCAAAUGGUGACAGAAAACACAUUGUUUUCUUGCCUUUCUGCAUCUCAGGAGGCUUUAAACAGCCAAGGAGGAUUUACAUGGCGACAUGUUUUUCUGACAAGCCGUUAUUUAAAUUGGUCUUGGUUGUAUUUAUUCAAUCACGGUUGUUGACAUCACAAAUAUGCAAAUAAGAAUGUUAACCCAGGGUUUAGGAAUGUACUGUGUGAAACGUCAGAUUAUGAAUAAGCAGGAUUAAUUGUUAACCCCAGGUAACAUAUGAGCAGUGUGAAACCAAACAAGAUUCCUUUUACCCAGGCUUUAGAAUGACCCAGGGUUAACUACUUGUGAAAAGCCCUUAUAU